AUGAUCGAGUACAGCCCUGGUCCAGGCGCUGGUCCUGUUUGGCAACCCAGCCAUAGCCCUUUGAGGCGGAAACGGCUUGAUCCAAACGAGGAAGACCUCCUCCCACCCUUUCUCACACUGACAAAUGACGACGAUCGGGAGAGAAAGGCGCUAUUUCGCCCUCCUGGGACCUACAAUGUUGUGGUGAACCUUUCCAGCUUCAUCAACUUUGAUGAUUAUCGGGCAACCUUUCCAGGCGAUCCUUUUCCCCCAGCAGUACCAACUUACGGCGGACCACCGUCAAAUCGUGCCGAUAUCAGGCCAAUAACUCGACCAGAUUCUCCGUUACACUCAUGGGAUAUCAGUUCAAGUGAUGACUCUAACGAGCCUGAUGUCGUGGUCCUCAAAGUGUUUGAAGACUACGAAAGCAAUUCAUUUUCUCCACCUUCAAUAAAUUCCACCAAGGCUAGUCUCUCAAGAUCAAACACCUAUUCCGCUCGCUCUGCCAGCAUUACAGGAAGUCUUUCUGCGCAGCGAGGUGACAUCUUCAACUUCUCUGUCGACAACACUCCGCUCAUGAGAUAUGCUCAUCCUGACGGAAGGGAUCAUUCGAUUAUCUACUACUACAAGAACUUUGUCCAUCGCCAUCUCGCUCAAGUACACCGGGAUACUCUAGGCACAUCGUUAGAGACAGGAGCUUUGACGGCGCCGGAUGUCUUUGAGAGACAGGCCGGCAAUUUCUUACCAGCGCUCCCACUUCUAAAAGCAUCCCUUCAUAACGAAGAAGAUCUUGCUUCUGACGGUGUCUUCCUCACACACUUCCUCUUACUCCUUUACGAGAUCGCCGCCGGUGAAGUCCGAGGGUUAUCCUACUGGGCCCAACACGUAUCUCAGCUCCUCCAGAUAACACUGCUCCGCCGCAAGCUCUAUAGCACCGAGCCCUACAACUUCAUCGUCUGGUGGAUCGCCAAUAUUGACACGCACGUCGUCUUGACCGGCAUGGGUGGCGGUGACUACGUCUCCGCCAUGUUGCGUUACCGUCUCCUGCCCACAGGCAUCGGCUCAGAUUCCCAACAUACUCCCCAGCAAAACAUCAUGAUGUCUCCGCCCGGCGCAAGCGAUGCCGGUGCUCUCCCUUCCUCCCUUUCCUUCCACCGUCGUAUCUGCAUCCUAGCCGCCGAACUCGCUCUUCUCACACGUGAACUUCGCUCCGAAGCACGCCAAAUGCUCCCUAAUACCCCUGGACCCGAGACUAUUCAGCAUUGGCACACGCGGAUUGAAUCGAUCCAGGACCGGCUUCGCCGGACUUGGAACGUGCAGAUGCCAGCCAGCGUGGCUAGUGGGUAUUGUAACCAGCUGCUCCCCGUCGGCGCUCGCGGCAUAUUCGAGCAUAGCUUCGCUCUCUAUCGCUCCCUGCUACUAUAUUCACACACAGCGAUGUACCCGACGCAGUCAUUGUAUCACCACUACCAGCACAUCCAUGAAGUUGCAGAGUCGGCGGGCUUGAUACUGAAGCUCGGUAGGGAUAUUGUAGCUAAUGGACACAUGGAGCGAAAAUUCAUCGUGUUUCCACUCUUCAUGGCCGGAGUGGUAAACCAGUAUCCCGAAGAGAGGGAGGAAUUGUUGGGGUUGCUUAGGAAACUGGAAGAAGAUAGUAUUGGGCGGAAUAUGAUCGCUACGAGGCAGUUGCUGGAAAUUGUUUACGAGCGGAGGGAGGACAAACAGAAAGCUAGGCUGGGCUUAAGGGGUGAGGUGGAGCGUUGUGAUGUCGAUUGGGUGGGCAUGAUUGGGGAACUAGGGUUGCAGGUCGUGAAUUGUAGGUUGUGA